UCUCCACGCUCACUGGCUGCCGAUGAUGUCACCCACUUGAGAGACACGCCCCCUUUCGCUUCUCUGGCUUGUCAGUAUAAUAGCAGACUGGUAGACAAUAAAAGAAAUUUAGCUGUACAAAAGCAAAAGGCACGGGAGGUGCGUGGGGCCGUCGGGGCAGCAACAAUUUUGUACCUGAUUUUCCCGUGCCGCAGUAAACCAGCUCGAAAUCUGGACCACAGCCGAGAUGCGUUCCUAAUCUUGUCCUGAUGGCUCCUUCACCCCUCGAAGAACGCAUUGUGGUUCUGCAGAGACCUAAGACUUUGGCAUUGCGGCUCAGCCCACCCCAUAUCCCUGCUGAAUCUGCCACAACAGUUCCCAGCAGUCAGCAGUUUUCGAAAGAGAAGAGGAACUCUCCUGAGCUGAAGAAGCCGCCACCUGUACAGUCUCCACCAAUACUAGGCAGGGAGCGAGCAGGGAUUGGUUUGGAGCGUACUGGAGGUGGUGCAUUGAAGGAACAGGGCACUAACAAAGGCCUUGUUGGGUCAGCUGGACAUAAACACACACAUACUAUCGAUAUUAAGCUAUCCCUGGUUGGACUUGAGGGAAGCAGUGCAGGAGGAAGAGGAGGAGGAGGAGGUGCUGGAGGUGGAGGAGGAGGAGGUGGUGGUGGUGGUGGAGGAGGAGGAGUGAGUGUUGCAGCUAGCAGUGUUUCACAAGGAAAGCCCCACACCCAAAGAAAGGUCUCCUUGCAUUUAGAUCUUAACCAAGUUGAAAAUCAAGCAUCUAGUAAGGAGUGCAAACCACCGAGACAAACAGGAACUGUUACUGUGAGUGGGGGAAGCCAGAAGUCAAAAACUACUCCCAAUUCUUCUUACCCUCACUAUUCCAGAGUACUGAAAGACAUUUCUUCGAGUAAGGAGAAUUCAAAACCUUCCCGUUCCUUGUUGGACCAUAGUGUUCCACAGCAGCAGUUGCAACAGCAGCAUCGUUCUUCCCGUUCCAGAGAUCGUCACUUUACUGCUCCACGUGGAUUUUCUAGUCCUGAGACCUCUUGCAUUGCAGAUCUUAUGCACCCCUUGAAGUGCGGGUGUCGUGGCUGCUGGCGAUUGAUGCGUUGUGGAGAAGAUGGAGGAGGAGCCAGUCCAACUUCGUCCCUUUCCUGCCGUCCUGGCCGAGGCAGUGGCAUUGGAAGUGGUUUCAAAUCACUUGGAAGCUGCCUCUCAGCCUCCACUUCAUCCUCCACUUCUAAUUCUAAUUCUUCAACAUGUAAAGCCAGUCUUCUGCACCCUCUUAGCUGUGUACCAUGUUCUGGAAGUGUUCUGAGCAGUCCAAUUGCACUCAAGAAGAAGCUGGGAGGAUGCUUACCAUGUGCUCCUAUUUCCACUUCCUCAUCUUCCUUUAGAGCUUUGCAAAGUUGUGUCGGUGGGUGCAACCCUUCCAUCAAGUCGGUCAGUUCUUCCUGCAGCUUUUGUAGUAGUGAUCCUAUAGUAACCUACGAUCCCCGGGGUUCCAAGGGUAGCAGUGCAAGUAGGGGGGCUCUGAGUAGCAGUAUAACUGAUGAUGAUGAUUACAGCGUACGUACUAUCUGGCCUGAGGAGUUGGCACGGAAGAUGUCGAGGUCUAAAAUUCAACAACAGCAACAGCUUCAGCAGACAAGAACAACAAACCCUGUCAUUCUCGACUGUAGAAAUCUGAUGGAGUACACAAGAAACCAUUUGCAAGGAACAGCCAUGCACUUCACAGACUCUGCAGGGCGGCGUAGGCUGCAGCAGAGUAAACUGGCCGUCCUUGACUUUAUCACCUCAUCAACGGUUUCAAAUCGAGAAGGCAGAGACUCGCUUAAAAGACUUUGGCCAAAAGACCAAAUUAACUAUAGCAAUGGAGAGCCAUCUUCUCCUCCUAGUACCUCUCCAGUUUCCUCCACGGGUACUUUUCCUGUCCCAACACCAAAAGAUGUUCCUAGCAAGCCCCAGCUGUCUUCCCAGUCUUUGCACCUCGUACUGAACUCUCUUAACAAAGAGCAAGAUGACAGCCAAGCUAAAGGUGGCCUUGCUGCUGAUGGUCAGUCCCAGUGUGACUCUUCGGUUUUUCCCAGCUUUGACCCAGACAGUGGUCAGGUGCCACUGACGCCUGAUAUUGAGAAUGCCGAGUUGAGUCCAAUCUUACCCUUUCUGUUUCUGGGAAAUGAGAGUGAUGCCCAGGACCUGGAUCGCAUGCUGAGGUUAAAUAUUGGCUAUGUGGUCAAUGUCACUACUCAUCUCCCCCUCUACCACUUGGAAACUGGUCUGGUUCGGUACAAGCGCUUGCCUGCUACUGACAACAGCAAGCAGAACCUACGGCAGUAUUUUGAGGAGGCCUUUGAGUUUAUAGAGGAAGCUCAUCAAUGCGGAAAAGGAGUGCUCAUCCACUGCCAAGCCGGGGUCUCGCGUUCUGCCACAAUCGUCAUCGCCUACUUGAUGAAGCAUACACUGAUGACCAUGACUGAUGCUUACAAGUUUGUGAAGGGGAAACGCCCUGUCAUCUCUCCCAACCUGAACUUCAUGGGCCAGUUGCUCGAGUUUGAAAAUGACCUCAAUUCUGGCGUCACACCCCGCAUUCUUACUCCCAAACUGACUGGAGUGGAAACCCAAGUGUGAAGCAUUAAAUUGUUAAGAAAAGGAAGGUUGAAAAAAUUAAAUGUUUCUUAGCAGGCAAGUGUGUGUAGCUGUGGAGGAAAGAAAUAAGCCAGCAAACAGCCUGCUCUACAUUGACAUGCCGAGGACCUAGUGCCUAACAAUCCAGGGCUUUACCUCUACAUGGGUCCAGUUUUAAGUUCACGAAAGGCAAACCAGGUUCAUUUUACAUCCAACGUGAUGAAUCCUCCCAAAUAAGAUGCAGGACAACCUCAGCUUGAACCUCAUACCUUCAGGAUAUUGGGUUAUUGUCACAAAGCAGUAGAUCUCACCUCUAAGAAGCAUCCAAGAGGAUUAAAAAAAAUAACACACACAGGCAAUCUCGGAAAUGAAGAUACGUGACCUCUGUUGUCAAAACCUAAUGUGCUUGAAGUCAUUGAGGUGGCCAGCAGUGAGUGAGGUGACCAGUGUCUGCCUUGUUAGAUUAGGGACAGCUGAAAUGCUAAAUUGCAGCUGCCACCAUCAAAUCUCCCCAAAAGACCAACGGGAUGCAUACAAAAGGGGAAAUUAAUUACUUCAAAUUUAUGCUGUCACAUUUGAGAGAAACCAAAGCCCUGAAUUGUUAGCUCUUGGUCCUAGAGAGCAAAAUACAGCUUUGAAGGAUGAUUGAAGGAUUAAUCUCAGGGCACUCAACUAUGAAACAAUAGAAAAUGUCACUCGAGGGCCUGGGCAAGGAGUAAAGACAGAUCCCAGCUGGGCCAUGUGCAAUAAAUCACUUGGAGACAAUCAGGGUUACUUGACAGAAUUUUCCUUUGUCAGUCCUUUUUUCAUCUAAACUACAAAAUCAAGAACCCUGGAAGUGACAUUUGUAGAGACUUCCUGGCCCACCCUGCAUCAGAGAGGAGGACAAUUCCAGGAGGUGAUUUUUUUUCAUCAGGGUAUGGGAAGCAAACUCUGUACAUUAUUAAAAGUCCAAUCACCCCGAAUGAGAACGGCAAGGAAGAUCAUUGAAUUUGUUUGCCAUUUCUUGGUUCGUAAUUAAUUUAAUUUAUUUAUCAACAUAUUUAUUCAGUUUCUUCUUUUUUUAUUUUAUUGUUGCUUUAAUCUUAAUAUGCUCAGGCCUUAAUACAGUAUAUUAGUCUGUGUUGAGCCGCUUUUUCCAGACACCUUUGAAGGUGUGGAUUUUGCCAAAAUUUGUCCGUACUAAUGCAUGUGGAAUAUCGGAGCAACACUGGCCAUUAAAAAAAGACAAAAAAUACAAAAA